CAGGAAGAGCUGAGAGUAUUUAGAGAGAGAGUUGAGAGAAUAUAAUGAAGAGGAAGACUGACAGAAAGAGAAGAUGGCUGAUAAGUGUCACUUGUGUCUGCUGGGACUGAUCUUUCUCUCUUCACUUCUCACAGGUCUCAGUGGAGUGGAUGAUGCUCAUAUGUUCAUCAGUUCUGGUGAAGAUGUCCGUCUGCCCUGUAAUAAUGCUCUUACUGACUGUAAAUCAACUUCAUGGAUCUAUAACAGAUUCAGUCAUUCACCAGCAGUUGAACUGAUCAUUGGAGGGAGAAAGAAGACAGACACAGAGAGACAUGAGAGACUGAGUCUGGAGUCUGACUGCUCUCUGAACAUCAAGAGCGCCACAGAAGAAGAUUGUGGAGUAUACUUCUGCAGACAAUAUGUGAAUAAUCAACGGCAAGGAACUUAUGCUCGUGUUUUUCUGCAUGUUCUUCAUGUCUCUUCACCAUCCUCACAGACUGAGAUCAGUGCAGGUCGCUCUCUGACUCUCUUCUGUCAGUUGUAUUCAUAUUCAUCAUAUCCUCAAGUCUCUUGUGAUGAUUGGAUCCGUUCUGAGGGAAUUGAUCUGUUCUGGGUGAAUCAGGCUGGUGUUAAACUGACAAACUCAGACUCCAGAUAUCAGAUAUCAUUCUCAUCAGAUCACUGUAUCUUCUCUCUGAAUACAACAAUCCUGAAUGAAGAUGAAAACAGAGAGUGGAGAUGUGAAGUUACUCACAGAGAUCAAGUCAAGACCUCAGUCUCAUACACUGUCAAGAUCUCAGCUCGAGCUGAUUCAACAACAGCAGUGACUUCAGUCUACAUCACAGACUCAACUACAACAACAACAACAACAACAUCAACUACUUCUACACCAGAGUUUUGUUCUGAAGAGUGGAGCGAGUGGUUAGUUUAUGAGAGAGUUGUUGGCUGA